UGCUAAACGGCUAGACUAGACAUAGCGUACUCUGACAAAUAUUAUAUAGGCCUAUUUAUGAUUAACAAAUUUGUCAUCCUUGAAAUAAGUGAACGCCCCUAGUGGGCGGAGACUCCCAUGGCAACAAACCGGCCAUUCCUCCAAUCAAACAGCUCGACACGGCGAUCCGUGUGUGAUGCUGCAGACACAGUAGUCGCUCAUGACAGAGGAUCUGUUGUUUCGCUAAUAGCACACAAAGAGGCCUGUUCGCCAUACGGUUAAAGGAAAAUCGUAUGCUAAUACGGGACAAAAUAAGUCGGGUGACUGGCCAUGUCCUUUAACUAAACCAUGAAAUCCUUAACGUUUGUUUAGGUGUAGACGUCACAACGCGCACUCAAACGCAACCUGACGCGCUCCUCGCAUGUAAACUCGCGGAUAUUUAGAGGAAUAAAGACUGAAGGCAUGAAACUGACCGGAGUCCACAGCGUUCCUUGGGACGGUGAGAGGCUUGCAGAGGGGAGUUAAAGAAUGCAAGCAGCAAUGUGACUGGAGGCCUGGGAGCAGCAGGUGCCUAAUUCUUGGAAAUGAGGCUUCUCUGGCAAGGCAUCUUGGGAAGAAUCUUUUGGUAUGCCUUAUCCCUGGUCUUGUUCAGCUGUGAUGUCUUGGCAUGCUGCAUCCAGGAUUGAGGGACUAGCCUGUGGAUAAUGGUCAAAAACCUUCCAUCUCCAGGCUAAGAAAAGCUCAUCAAACUGGAGUAAAGGGCAAGGAAUAUAUAUGGAGUAUAUUGGCAAGUGGUUUCCCACCGGUCCCUUUUCUACCUCUGGCACCAGUCUUCAUGCAGGUCUUCUAAAACAGGAGAAGGCAGUCGGUGUUGUAGGGGCCAAUCUCACAUUUAUGCAGGAGUGCACUUUUCCUGACAAGAUCAGCCCAAAGAGGUCCUCUUUUACUGUAUAUCAUAUGGUCAUGCGAUUGAAAGAACCUCAACACCUAAGUAUCUUUCCUAGAUGGGAAUCAGCUGUAAUUUCUAUAUUUGCAUAGCUUCAAUCAGCUGUUUCUCAUUAGCAAUGGAAUAAAAUACAAGGGACUUAUUUGUGAUUCAAUUCACAAUAUGAACAGCUGUUCACUUUGACUUUAGCCUAUAAGUUAGUUUUAGAACAUGAUGUUAUCUGUUCUGAUAUACAGUGUGAAAGCAUUUGAAAAUUUGGGAGUAAAAUUACAUUGUUUUGGUCUUGAUUGAGCUUGUGUGUAAAGGAAGUUCAAGCAUUUUAAAUUUGUGUUAACUGUAUGCAUUUUGUGUCAAAGCAACAAGAAAUGUGUUAAUUGUAUAGCCUACACAGACGGAUGUUGUGCUAACUGUGUUAAGAGUUUAGGAAAAUUGUUAAAAGUAUUGAAAAAAUUGUGAUAGCGAUUGUAAAAAAAACUGUAACUUAAAAUCUCAUAGGGUGCUUCAAGUAAAUAUUUUAGGGAAAAUGGGUUCAACUGGGAAAAAAAGGUUUGGAAAUCCCUGCUCUAGAGGGAAACACAAUUUAAGUUUAUUUGCAAGUUUUCCUGUUAUAUGGCUACAGGAAUAAAUUUAUAAUGCAGGAUAUAGUUAUAGUAUAUUAGGAUCUUUGUAUCCAGACUGUUAAAACAAUCACUGAAUAUGAAUAGCCUCAGAUUAAUGUAACUAAUAUUUUUCUAGCCUCACAGUGACCAAUGUUGGUGGGAUCCCUGAACUGUCUGUCACAAUGAAAGCAGGGAAUUCAAGAUGUGCUUUCUUCCUGGGCUUCCUGGUGGGCAGCUGCACCUUGUACGUCUUCUUGAGACAGGUGUGGUUUGAGGAGAGCUUCAGCUGGAAGCGUGAUGGCAAGAGCAACCCUGCUCCACUGGGGCCAGAACAAAACACCCCCAACCUUACCUGGAGAGUGGAAGGAUCUGCCCUGAUGAACAUCAAACACCCUCACCAGACAGGAGAGGAUGGUCACAUCGCAGAUGAGCUGUUUAAGAAAGUGCGUAUCCUGUGCUGGGUGAUGACAGGGCCUAGUAAUCUACAGUCAAAGGCUCGGCAUGUGAAGGCGACGUGGAGUCGUCACUGUAACGUAGUGCUGUUUAUGAGCUCUGAGGAAGACCGCAGCUUCCCCACAGUGGGUCUUGGCACAGGAGAAGGCCGUGACCAGCUGUACUGGAAGACCAUUCGUGCCUUCCACUAUGCUCUGAAGAACCACGGCAAUGAGGCAGACUGGUUCCUCAAAACCGAUGAUGACACGUUCGUCGUUGUGGACAACUUGCGCUGGAUCUUGUCAAACUACACGGCAGAGCAGCCCAUAUACUUUGGCAAGAGGUUCAAGCCAUAUGCCAAGCAGGGCUACAUGAGCGGAGGCGCAGGUUAUGUGCUCAGCAAAGAGGCCCUGAGAAGGUUUGUGGAGGGUUUUAGCAGUAAAGUGUGCACUCAUACCACCUCAGUGGAGGAUCUAGCGAUGGGUCAGUGUCUGGAGAAAAUGGGGGUGGUAGCAGGGGACUCCAGGGACACACUGCACCGUGAAACCUUCCAUCCUUUCAUUCCUGAACACCAUCUUACAGGAAAGUUCUCCAAAACCUUCUGGUACUGGAACUACUGCUUCUACCCAAUUGUAGAAGGCCCACAGUGCUGCUCUGACCUAGCUGUGUCUUUCCACUAUGUAGACCCUGUGCUAAUGUAUACUCUUGAGUACUACACUUACCGUCUCAGGCCCUAUGGCUACCAACACCGCUACCAGCCUCCAGUGCCUGCUGUACUGUCUUUAGCUUCCCACACUGGGAAACCCACCACAGAAGCUCAGAGAUUAGAGGAGCGUGUUAAAGAAAAAUCAGUUCCAACAUACACCACGAGUCCCAGAGAUGAGAAAGUGAAGACUACUGGAACAACAAAUCACAAAGUCACAAAUGCUGCCCAGGGGAGAAAUAUAACAGACAGAAACACUGCAUGAUUGUGAAUAUGAUUGUUUCUUCUUGUGUAAAUCCAAAAUGGACGCAUGUAGCACUGACAGAUGUGAACUGUGAACUUGUAUAGCAUUUUGAAUCAUCCAGACUGUGUACUGUGCAAAUGGAGUGGUGAAGUGGUUACAGAUCUGGGCUAAUAACCAAAAGCUGUAAGUUCAAACUUUAACAAUGAACAAAUUUUGUCAUUAUUGCUGUUGAUCAAGUAACUUGACUGGUUGUGCCAGUUAUAAAUAAACUGUAAAUCACUUCGAAUAAGUGUUUGCUACUCAACGGAUUGUUAAUAUGGUCCCUGCUAUUUGAAUAAAUUAUUUUGCUGCC